AUGUGUAGGCAGUAUGGUCGACGCACCGGAGAUGUGAUUGUGAAUAAUGACAUCUGGGAAAUUGAAGAAAGGGGUGCGAUUCGAACAAAUGCUGUCGUGUUGAUCUCCGCUCACAAUCGGCCGCUGCCCGACGAGAGACCACGGCAGAGCGUUGCCAACCUCAUCGGACGCUUCGAGCAGCAGACGAAGCGGCAGUCGGUUGUACCAAGCUCGCCGUCGCGCACAGGCAGUGCCCAGUCAAACUACACAGGCGAUGCAGCUAAAGAGGAGCUGAAGGAGAAGCGUGAAUGGCCGCCACGACCCAAGACUGUCAUCGGAACUGCGUCCACCACGAUAGAGACAAGCAUUGUUCGGGAUAGUGACCUUCUCCCCAAGGCUGCGCCCGCUGAGAACGCGACUCCAGUCAAGGAUGUUCCGCCAGUGCCGCCAGUGCCAGCGCCAGCGCCAGAUCCAGUGCCAUCUUCACCAGAGACUGCCGUGCCGGUGCCCAAACCAACGCCAGCGCGGCAGUCAAGCGUUGGAUCUGUGACCGCGCCGACGCGUACGCCCAGCACGCCUUCAAAGUCUACACCUAGUCGGCCCAGCAUAACCACGACACGCACACCUGGCCGCACCCCCGCCAAGUCUCCACCCACCUCAUUUCAUGCGGCGCCGUCCGCCUCCGCCUCGACCCCCGCCAGGCCUUCUGCCGCCGCUAAGUCUUCUGCCGCCUCGGUUUCCAGUCCCGUUCGCCCACGCCCCUCGUCACGCGCGUCGCACGCGCCCGCCCGCGCAAAGACGCCUGUUACCCGUCCGAAGACGCCUUCUUCAGUAACGACACCUGCACACACGACGCGUCCAAAAACACCGGCCUCGGGACUGUUUGCACCGACCGCAGCCUCGCUUGCCAAGGCGCGCAACGCGUCGUCUCCGCCUCCCACGCCUGUGCGCAAGCCGACUACAGGGCCGGGCGUCUCAGAGCGGUUGAGCAAGCCGACAGCGGCCAGUCUGAGCAAGUCAGUGAGCCCGCCUCCAACUAGGGGUGGACCGGGUCCGCGGGUAGGGGCACGAGGUACAACCACCCGAGGGAUAACGACCACAAGAGAUCCUGCCCCAGAAACUCCAAGUGAGGAGCAGCAUGAGGUCGUGGAGCAUCUCGAACACGCAGAGGAGCCGGAAGAGCUGGCAAGCCCCGUCGAGCAUACUGUUGAUACAGAGCAUGGACAUGAGAGCUCGGAGGGCACGCUAAUCGACGAGCCCGAGGCGGUUUCGACUGAUUCGACGCCGGAGGAAGGGGUGCAUGACGCCGCCGCCGAAGUAGCAGAGGCAAUACUGCACAUGAAGCAGGAGGACCUGGACGCCGAGGUUACGCAGCUUCCGGCGGAGGUGGAAGAGACAGUCACUGUGGACGAGGACAAGGCAGAAUCCAAUGCUGGGGUAACGCUUGAGGAGGACCACGCCGGAUCGCUUGCAGCGGCGGAACUCCAUGAGGACGCGCCCGUAGAGACACACGAAGAGCUGAUCGCACAAGACGAGCAUGAACCUGAGGCGAACCUGUCCCAAAGCGAGCACGAACCUGAUGUGGAGGCUUCUCACGACGAGCCACACGCUGAGGAAGCGUAUGCGAAUGGAGCAACGACCCCGACGCCCAUAGGAAGCGGUGGGACCGACCUCGCGGAUCUCGUGAACAUGCUGGAAACAAAGCCCUCGCGCCCCAUGAGCAUUGCGUCGAUCCCAGACGAAGUAUUGGAGAUUCCGGAUGAGUAUUAGGAGAGUGACGUGUUUGCAUUAAGUUGGAAGAUGCGUUUCAGGAUUACUAGGCAGAAGCUGACGUUCUUGGUCUCCUCACCUCCUUUUGGUCUCGAUUAGUGACUAUACUAAGUACACUACUCUUACUAUCUAGCGCUUGCUUGAGUUCGCUUGCUAUCCCGUUUACUGUCCGGAACUUUGUUACGUAUAUGCAUGAUGUUGAGAUUCCGUGAGAUUCCACUCGGUGGAAUGAUACAGGGAGGUAGUACACUGUAGUGUGGGGCUGCUCGCUUCAGUAUAGCUCCAUCGCCAUCGUCCGUUUUGCACGUCGUAGCUGCUUUUAAAUUCCCUACUUUUCUGCAAUCUAGGCUAACACUCGUGUACACAAUGACUAACUUCAAACGCUAUUUGUUUCCAAAUGUUU